AUGCUUUUGUUGCGCAAGGUGACGGACGAGGGCGGAAGAAGAUUUGCGACGGAUGACACGACGUCUCCGCGCUUCGGACGCUGUCUAGCGGGCUGAGCCGAGGCCGGUUUCGUGCCGACGACGCCGCCCCAGCACCUUGCAACGGCAUUUCGCGAAUCAUAUUUAAGCGCAUAAAAAAGCCAUUGAAAUCAGAUCCUUUCAAGGCUCCAACCCCACUUCGAACAUGCAGAAGCUCAUCGUCGCCUUCGCUGUCGUCGCCGUCUCCAACGCCUUCCUCUUCCCCAGCGCCGGAGGAUGCGGUUGCGCGUUAGUUUUCUCACUAUUCUGAAAUUUUUUGUCUCUAUUCAAAUGCCUAAACAAGCAGACUUCAACGUAGGAAGAACACAAUUUGAAAACCUGAACUUUUCAUAAAAUGUUUCUAAGUGACGACUUUCCGAAAACUGAUUUUCCAGUCUUUUGAUUUUCUCAGCUUCUGAGUGAUUUCCUCAUCUUUGAAACAUAGAAGAUGGAUGUUGACUUAUUUUUUGAAUACCUUAGUCAAAGUAAAUAAUAUUUAGCUAAGCAUGAAAAAAAGUUUUGAAAACAUUAAUUAGCUCCCUGUUUUUUUUGUACAGUUAUCUUAAAAAACAUGUGAGAAAUGUAGAAAAGUUUAAUUUGGACCUAAACUUUAGCUAUUCUAAAUGAGCGAUAACCCUGUUUUCGAGUUUUGAACCGAUGUGUAUGAAGCUCUGAAAAAAUCUUUUUAAUCAGUUGUAGUAAUGUUUUUUUCCAAAUCCUUUUUUUGAAUUUAUCAAUUAGACUUUAAUUUCCGAUUAUCAGAAAGUAGAUGAGAAAAAAAGAUUCGAUUUCAAUUAUUAUUCAAAAUUCAAAUAUUCUUAAAAAAAUAAUAAAAAGAUAUACUUUCAGCCCACCUCCACCAGCGCCAUGCGGCUGCGGCGGCGGACUUCCUCCACUUCCAGCUCUCCCGCCACUCGCCCUGCCAGCUCUCCCUAGCCUCGGAGGCGGCUGCGGAUGUGCUCCUCCUCCAGCUCCAUGCGCUGCUCCAGCUCCAGUCGGCUGCGGAGCUGCUCCAGUCGCCGCUCCAGUGAGUAAUAGCUCUACCAAGCUUAAAUUGAAUCUCUUCUUCACUUCACUAUCUUCUACUCAGGCAUACGCCACCGCUCCAUCUGGCCCAAUCGGAGGAGGCUCGUACGCUACUGGACUAAUCGGAGGUGCUGGCCCAAUCGGCGGAGGCUCUUACUCUGCUGGACCAGCUAUCGGAGGAGCCUCCCCAGUUGGUGGAGCUUCUUACGCUGCCGGACCAGCCGGUGGAUCCUACCCAGUUGGAAAGUAA